AUGUCCAGCGGUGUCAAACGAUCCCUGUUCAGCAAACCCGCUUGGGCGGCUACUGCGCCCGGCACUUCGACCAAGCCUGCCAGCGGUGACUCGAUCUUCGGGCGAAACGCAGUCUACGAGGAUUUACUCGUAGCCGAGCAGAGGAAGCGAGAGAAGAAGCAGGCGAAAGCAAAAGAGCGCGCUGAGAAGGCCAAAGAUAUUGAAAGCAGGGACACAAAGAGGAGGCGGAUCUCAUUAGAUGCCGAGGAUGAAAAUACUGUUACCCUCGAUGACUCGGACGUGCAAAGCAAUGCAUCGAGUCCCGUCGGCAGAGAACGAGAGUCGCCACUAGUGGAGGAGGAACGCCCAGUCACCCGAAGUACAUCCAAGUCGAGCAAGAACCUGCACAUGGGUCUAGAUGAUAAAACGAAGAUAUCUCCCUCUCUAUGGCGUAUUGUAUCCCCGAGGCGCACACCAGUGAAUCUUGAUGACGAUGAACCGGCAGACGACGACUUGAUUAUGCUAACACCCCCUAACCCGAAAUCAGGACCCUCGGCUUCAACUAAGACCAAAGCCCAGUUGGACGAUGACGAAUCGGAUGAGGAUGACGAAUUCUUACAAGAACUCAAACGAAAGGCACGAGAGAAGGCACGGCGGCAGAAACUUGGUCCAGCAGACUCCAGCCCAGAUAGAACAUUAGCCCCUGUCGUCAAAACAGCAGGAGCAGCAGCACUACCAGCCGCGUCCGCUGCGAGAUUGUCUCCCACAAUAGGACUACCGCCCUCGCUCAAGCAAAGGCGAUCCGAACAGGACAUCAAGUCUAGCGCCGCACAGAAUGACAAAGAAAGGGUAAAGAUCGAUGACCCAGAAGUCCGAAUCAUGAUCAUAUCCUCGAUACCAGACGCGCAGGCACUGAUCGUGAAACGCAAAGUCUCACAGCCGCUCAAGCAAGUGCGAGAGUUCUGGUGCACCAGGAACAAACUCGACCCGAAGGUGACGGCCAAAGUCUUCUUCACAUGGAGAGGGACGAGGCUAUUCGACUCGACGACCAUGCGCGGGCCGAUCCAGAAGUUGAAGAAUGAUCAAGCAGCAAAGCAGCGGGAUAUCUUCGAGAACGGGGACAUGGAUGACGAUGACGAUGAUGACGGCGACGCGAAUUCAGAGGUAGAAGACCCGAGUCAUGGACACAUUGAACUAGAAGCAAUGACACCAGAGAUAUUUGACGAACGACAGCGCGAAAAGGAGCGCAAGGCCCAAAUGUCUGAUGACGAGGAUGACGAUUACGACGAAAGGGAGCAAGAAGCGGCGGCACGGGAAGAAGAGGAGAAGCUGAAGGGUUCGAUCAUUAUCCGCCUCGUCAGCCAAUCCUUUGAGCCGAUGAAUUUGCGUGUCCGGCCGCAUACAUCGGUUGGAAAAAUGAUUCAAGGGUUCGCGGCGACCAGGCAACCAGAUGAAGGGAAAAGCGUAUGGUUGGUUUUUGACGGUGAAAGAUUGGAACCCGAAAAAACGGUCGAGGAGAUUGGACUCGAGGAUCAGGACGAGAUUGAAGUUAAUGUCCGUUGA